CGACAGACAAUAAGGACGACAUGCUUUUUUUUCUGUCGAUGAAUGCAUCUAUGUAAAACCAGAAUUAAUGUAGGAUACUUUUCUAUCUUCCACUUCCUUUGAAUCCACCCCUCACACACGCAUCAUACAGUCCUGUUCACUCUUUUCAGGCUGUUCCGGGUGAUGCAGUCAAUCCGCUACCUUAGAGCUUCCCUUCGCUCAAGUAGCAGGAAGACAACGACGCUACUGUUCGAAGCUCCGCCGAUAUUUCUAUGUCCAGCUGUCCGUGGCUUCGUUUCUAGCUCGGUCAAGCUUGUGCAUCCUUCACCAUGUGGUCGCAGCCCUCUUAGGCCCAGCCAAGUCUUGCGACUUGAAGCACCACAUACUCCCGCCGUCCCAGAAAGUGACCAUCAAGCUCCCGUCACGGAGGCAGAAACACCUUCCGACCCAGCAACUAGAGCCGUUGAGUUAGGUCUGCCGAUACAAUGUACCGGCUGUGGUGCCUUCACUCAGUUCUUGGACCCUGACCGCGCCGGCUACUUCACUCCUGACAGGACAGACGUCAAGAAGAGUCUCGGCCUGGUACCACCACCAAGCGCACCGCGCGAGCGGACAGAAGACGAGGUGGUCGAGGAUGUCAGCAAAAAGGUUGACAUGGAGCGCCUGCGGGCCAUGGGCAUCGAUGUCGACUCGCUCUUUGCCAGAUCGGACAGGUACGAGCCGCCGCCACCCAAGACGCCUACGUGCGACCGCUGCCACAACCUGGUCCACCACUCCAAUGCGGAGCCCAUCGCGCACCCGAGCAUCGACGCCCUGCGCGAGACUAUAGAGGAGACCCCUUACAAGUACAACCACGUCUACCACGUUCUGGACGCCGCCGACUUUCCUAUGUCGAUGCUGCCGCGAGUGCGGGAGCUGCUCGACAUGAUGCCGCUGCGCUCCCGCAACAGGCGCGCCCGCCACGGCCGCUACUUUGAGGAUCGCAAGAUCGAGAUGAGCUUCAUCAUCACGCGCUCCGACCUCCUCGCGCCCAAGAAGGAGAUGGUCGACCGCAUGAUGCCCACCUUGAUCGAGACGCUGAGGGACGCCCUCGGGCGCUCCGGCCGGAACGUCAGGCUGGGCAACGUCCGUUGCGUCAGUUCAAAGCGUAACUGGUGGACGAAGCAGCUGAAGGAGGAGAUUUGGCAGAGGGGCGGCGCCGGGUGGAUGGUGGGCAAGGUCAAUGUGGGGAAGAGCCAGCUGUUCGAGGCGGUUUUCCCGAAGGGUAGGAUGGAAUCUGGCGGCGGAACCAAGGAGGCCGCCACGCCGAUCGAGGUUAAGCUUCCCCCGAGGCAGGCUGAUGCCGAUGGCAGCAUCAGUCUGAUCGAGCAGGCCAAGGCGGAGCUGGCCGGCCGGCCGACACUAGAGGCCGAUGAGCUAGAAGGGGAAGCCGAGGACACCCUCGACGAGUUCGCUCUCCUGCCGCCCUUGCGCCCAGAGACUAACUACCCCGACAUGCCCGUGGUGUCGUCGCUUCCCGGCACGACCGCCUCCCCAAUUCGCGUCCCCUACGGCAACGGUCGCGGCGAGCUUAUCGACCUUCCCGGCCUAGAGCGAUCACUCCUGGACCGACACGUCCUCCCCGAGCACCGCCACCUUCUACUCAUGAAAAGACGCAUGCGGCCAGAGCAGCAGGUCCUCAAGCCCGGCCGAUCUCUCCUCCUGGGUGGCUUCAUCCGGCUCACGCCCCGGACUGACGACCUUGUCUUCCUCACCUACGCCUUUACGCCCAUCACGGCGCACGUGACACAGACGACCAAGGCGAUUUCGAUCCAGGGCCAGACGGGCGAGGUCAACGUCGAGAACAUAUCCAUGCCCGGCACCAGCGAGACUAUCAAGCUGGCGGGCUCCUUCCCGCUCAAGUGGGACGUGACAAAACACCGCGCCGGACCCAUCACCCGCAGGGACGCCGUCAACCUCAAGGUCAAGCGCCUGCCCUACCGCAUCCUCUCGACCGACAUCCUGAUCGAGGGCUGCGGCUGGGUCGAGAUCGUCGCGCAGGUGCGCACCAGGAACCUGUACAAGCCCCCGCCUCCCCCGCCUCCCCCGCAACCCAAGACGGUCGUGGACAGCAACGGCAUCAUCCAGAGCCUGGACUUGUCCGACGACCCGGUCGAGCACCAAGACAACAACAGCAGCCGGGAAGCCGAGAGCAACGAGCCCAACUGGCCCAUCAUCGACGUCUACUCGCCUGAGGGCAAGUUUAUCGACGCCAGGAGGCCAUUCAACGCCUGGUUGUUGAACAAGGUCCCUGAGCCCAAGAAGGGUAGGCCCCACAAGAGCAUGAUUGGCGACAAGAAGCGAAAGAAGGCUGCCGCCAGGGCGUUGAAGGAGGCGCAGAGUGGUGGCGGAAGUGCUGGAUUUUGAUUGAUUCCUGUGCGUUUUUCUUUGGCGGCAUUUUUUUCCUCUUUUUAUUAUUUGGCUGUAAAAUCAAGAUACCAUGUAUAACAAGGGCGGGUUGUGUAAGCUAGUGGCGUUGUAUGUAUAAAAGAGGUCACGGAAAAUAGAGUAUAUAAUCAAAGUAUUCCAAAUAUGGUCUUGGUGGACUUGAGCACGG